GGUUUACAUCAGCACUAACCUUUGAAAGUGCUCUGUCCUCGAGGUUUGCCUCAUCUCGCUCCGGAGGAGUUUCAUAGAAGCACAACAAUGGGAUUAAUUCACUUUCUCCAAGUCUUCAUCAAAUCAUUUUUGGUGUUUUUUUUAUGUUCCAAUUGCGAUGGUCGGGAGACCGAGUUUAACUACGUCACCUGCGGGUCGCUAGUAAAAUUACUGAACACGAGACACAAUGUCCGGCUACACUCUCAUGAUGUCAAAUACGGCUCAGGCAGCGGGCAGCAGUCCGUGACGGGUGUCGAGAGCGCCGACGAUGCCAACAGCUACUGGAGGAUCCGGGGGAAGCCCAACGGGACGUGUCAGCGCGGCGCGCCCAUCCAGUGUGGCCAGGCCAUCCGGAUCACGCACAUGACCACGGGACGCAACCUGCACACGCACCACUUCAGCUCACCGCUGUCCAACAAUCAGGAGGUGAGUGCCUUUGGGGAGAAUGGCGAGGGGGACGACCUGGACGUGUGGAAGGUGCAGUGCGACGGCUCUGUCUGGGAGCGCGACGAGGUAGUGCGCUUCAAACAUGUCGGCACCAGCGCCUUCCUGAGCGUGACGGGCGAGCAGUACGGCCACCCGAUCCGCGGGCAGCGGGAGGUGCACGGCAUGACCACGGCCAGCCAGCACAACUACUGGAAGGCCAUGGAGGGCGUGUUCAUCCAGCCCAGCCAGGAGCCGGCUCGGCACGACGGCCUCCACGACGAGUUCUGAUGACAGGGCGCCGGUGGCGUCGCCAGGAGGGUUGGUGGCGUCACAGGCACCGCGUUGCGGUGGGCUCCGGGGAUGUCGUCGGACAUCAGAUAGCAUGCGCCUAGGCUAUGUCUGAAAUGGAACCCUAGUCCCUAUGAAAUAAACCCCCCCCCCCCG